AUGCAAUGUAGCCAACAUGGCGUCGGGAAGUUAGCCAGUUAGCUUGGUUAAGGCAAGUAUUUACAAUUAGUGUCUUUUUAAGUAUAUAUGCAGGGAAAUUAGCGGGUUUGUUAUGAAGGGAACUGUUUUGAAAUGAUAUCAAGAAGUUAAAAGGUUUCUCCUCUCUGUCUCACAGUGUUUUGGGGAGUCUCUCUGUCCAGAUGUCGGAGGUGGAGGAGCUGCGUCCGGUCCCCCGGGAGAGGGCCAUCCUGGAGAGCUUCUUCACUCAGCUCGGCAUGUUCUCCUUCGACCGGGCGAAGGACUAUGUGGAGAAGGAGAAGGACAGCAGCAGCCGGAGCGGGGGGGCUGUGUGGGCUUCGCUGCUGGGGGCUCUGGGUCACCUGGCCGCGGCCGAAAAGGCCUACCACAACAUGACAUUCCUGGGGCAGAAAUUGGGCGGCCAGUCCUUCUUCACCAGGAAGGACUCGAUCCGCACCCUCUACACUUCACUGUACAACGAGCUGAGGAAGGUGGUGUCGGGGGGGCGUCACGGCGUGCCCGGCUCCGCCUCCUACCUGGAGGACCUGCUGUCCCACCUGUCAGAGCAGCUGUGCCACUUCACCCAGGCUCGCAUGGACCUGUCGGAGCUGUACGAGAAGCUGCACGCUCUGAGCGGACAGAAGAGCGUGCACUCAGAGGAGCUGCUGAGCACGCUGCAGGCCGUCACCUCCAAGUACUGCUCCAAGUUCCACCACCCAAUCCUGUGCCGGGUGGAGGAGUGUUUCCAGACGGAGCUGGACGUGGUGCUGCAGCUGCUGCGCUGCCAGGCUCAGGUAUCUGAGUGGAGCUUCCUGCCGGCGCUGCUCAGUCUGCACGCCGCCAACUCCAAGCUGCUGGCCUGGGGUCAGCUGUUCCAGCGGCAGAAGGAGACACGGAAGCAUCUUUUCGGAGGUCAGUCCCAGAAGGCCGUGCAGCCGCCGCACCUUUACCUGUGGCUGCAGCGCUUCCAGGCGGCGCUGCUCGCCAAGUUCAGCUUCUACUUCCACGAGGCGCUGAGCCGGCAGACGGUGCCCGGUGACAUGAAGGCGCUGACGGCCCGCACGACGCCCGACUACCACGGCAAGAUCUGCUCCUUCAUCCGCAAGCACGACGCCAGCAACGUGUCACUGGUGUUCGACAACCGCGGCUCCGAGAGCUUCCAGGGCCACGGGUACCACCACCCGCACUCCUACCGCGAGGCCCCCAAGGGCGUGGAGCAGUUCCCCGCCGUGGUGUCGCUGCCCACAGGGGAACGCCCGCUCACGCACUGGCCCAACGUCAUCAUGAUGAUGGGGGACCGCGCCGCCGAGCUCAACACGCUGGACAAGGUGGUGCACUUCUACGACGACAAGGUGACCAGCACCUACUACCUGACCCGGCCCGAGCCUCACUUCACCCUCGUGGUGAUCUUCGACGGCAGGAAGUCGGAGAAGGAUCUGCACAUCGCCGCCUUCCUGCAGGAGAUCUCGGGAUCGCUAAGGAACACCAAGCCCUUCGGCUCGCUCAAACCCGGAUCCAAGGGCUGACUCUGAUCCCGGGGACCAGCUUCUGCUCUUUCUCUCAAUCUCAGAUUUUUGUUUCUUUUGCACAAAGACUGAAUAAAAUGAUGUGCCAAAAAUGUUCCAGACCAAAAAGAACUAACUGUUGUUGGAAGUGGUUAAUUUUAUUUAACACGUUUACUUUAUAUUUUAAGUGUCUUUAAUAAAAAAAUGUUAUUGUGAUUAAAACCGUUUAAAUAAAGCUUUGAGAUUUUCA